CCGGCAGGCCAAACCCGGCGACCCCAGGGCGAACGAAGUGGGCUUACUGGUGCAUAACAAAAUUGCAAGUUUGAUACUCACAUUCACACACUGCCCCUUCCUCACCUUCUUGGUCCUGCACGCACCGGCAUCGCUCAGCUCGCGGUCUUUUCGGGCGCUGACACGACACAGCUGAGCUGUUUGGGUUAGGCAUCACAAAACAAUGGCUAUCCAGGACUUUCGAGUCAUAAUGGUGCUAGCGCUUGGAGUAUCGACUGGACUCCUGCUGCAAUUAUUGGGCUGCGUGCUAUUCGACAACUGGUGGCCCAUGCUGGUCGGCAUCAUGUACGUGCUCGUACCAAUGCCGUACCUGUUCUUCGGGAGUACGGGGGGAGACGGCUACGCCAUCUACGGCUCCAGCAUUCAGAGCGGCUGGGUGGAUGCCGGCAAGUUCCUCACCGGCUUCAGUGCGGUGGGCUCAAUCGCCAUCCCGGCCAUCCUGGCACACGCCAAGGUAAUCACCAUCGGCGCGCUAAUCAUGGAGCUGGCUGCGGCGCUGGUGCUUGGGGCCACCGUGCUCACCUACGACUACUUCAACAGCAAAGAUAGCGGCUUCUUCUGAGGGGAGAGAGUGCGAGUGCAGCAGCAGAGGGUUAUUAGCGGAGGCGCGCGGAGGCGUGGAGGGAGUGGUAGGGGGUGGUAUGCUGUUUGGUGACAUGAUACGUUGGGUUGAUGUUCAGAUGCGCGGUAUUGUGUUAUGACUCGUGGAGUUGGAUGGAAGAUGGCUGCUGACUGGCUGGCGCGGUACUGAGUGGAUUGGCUGUGAGGAGCGGGGGCAAAGCAGGGCGGCUGAUUAAGGGUUGGGGAUUUACCUCGCGAGGGGCAAGUGGCUUACGUGAUUGGAUGUCCACAGGGGACCAAGCGUGGCAGCUGAAAUGCGUGCCCUGGUGCAGUUUUGGGCGCCAAGUGAAGGAACAAGCUGCGUUGAGUGUCUGAGUUCCAGUGAGUAGCAUGAUUGCGACGUGAAGGGGGCUUGGCACCGUGCGGGGUCCGGCAAAGGGGGCAACAGCCUGCAACAGUUGCUGCCAAUGGUCGUGCAUGCGCCGAGUAGGAUAUAAGGGCUGCGUCACUGUAUAACAAUUGUAUGCCUUACGUGCGACCUUUCUUCAACACUGAGCGAAAUCGAGCUA